AUGAUGAGGAGUGAAAAGCUCCUACGAUCAUGCCUGGCGACACUUGUGCCAUCGCCACAGGCGAGGCUACAGCUAAUCGAAAAAGUACGGGAAAACGAAGCAUCUGUCAGGAUGGUUGAAGAGACAGCGACCGCUUCGGCGGAUUUCGACUCGGAGGAUUUGAUAGACGGAGGCCGCUUCCUCUCAGACCCGGACGGCCAGAGCAGAUUCAUUGGUGGUGCAUCAGGGGCUGCAUUCUUGGAUCAAAUUCGCCAAUUUGUGAUGUGCGUCUCGGCAUUCCUGCGCGAAGUUGAUGAGGGCUAUCAACGGGUGUUGAUCGAUGAGGCCUUUGGUAACCUGCUCGGCAUGUACCAAACGCAUGACUCUCGCUUACUUGAACUACCGGAAGUGGACCCCUAUCAUCUCGUACCUUAUGCAGAGGCCAAAAGGCUCCUUUUGCCUCUUUGCACCUCCUCGAAUACAAAUGACCAGAUCAAAAUCUAUUUCUGGGGACCUAUAAUGGAGUUGGUACAGGAAAUUUAUUACCCAGCGCCCGGUACUGACCGCCGUCUCGAUCCUAUAACACUCGCAACAUUCAAUGCCGCUCUUGCUUUUGCCACUCAACAAGAUACGAUCGCGACACCUGAAUCUGGAAGGGAAUACUAUGCACGAGCAACAAUCUUUCUUGGAAGGCCAUUAGAAGCGACUACGAAGCGACACAUAACUUGUUUCUUGUUGCUGGGAUGCUAUCUCUUCGGCGAGCACAGGAGAGAUGGUGCAUACUCUUAUAUUCGCAUGGCUGGACACCUGGCUGUCACAUACGGGUUCCAUCAAAGCCAGGCGACGGGUGAGGGACAGAAGAGACUUUUCUGGACAAUCUACGCCCUAGACAGAUCAUUGAGUGGUCUGCUGGGACGACCGCCGAUGAUGAACGAUGAAGAUAUCAGUGUCGCCUUGCCAGUUGCCAGCCCGGGGUUGCCGGAUCCCGAUGGCCUGAGGCUUCAUGCAGAGCUUGCAAAGAUCGUCGGGCAGGCCGUGGAGAGAAUCUACGGCUACGGCGGUAGAGGAUCGCGCAGACCAGAGUUAAUCAAUAUCCUUGAUUCUCUGGACGCGCUGGAGAAAUGGAAAGCUAACCUGCCACAGUCAUUCGAUCUCUCUGCCUGCUCCAUAUCGACGUCAAGCAGGGACUUGCUUUCCCUGCAUAUGACAUAUAACCACAACCUAAUCAAAAGACCUCAGGCGAUUUUGAUUGUCACGAGACAACCCUUUCUGCUGGCCGUCAGGAGAAAAGUUGCGCAAAGCUUUGUCAACUCAGACGAAAAGACCCUGGCAAAUGAGGCGUUGAUUCAUCAGUGUUCUGCAGCCGCCGAGAGAAAUACGCAACUAUUCUGCCAACUGCUUGAAGCGAACACUGCCGACGCAAUGUGUGCGAGUACGAUUGACUACCACCAUGCUUUCAAUGCCGCCUUGAUACUCGACCUCGCCCGAUUACUUAAUCCCAACGGUAUGACUGCUUUACAGAGCAAAGUCCAAGUUCAAUUCACAAUCACGAUGCUGGAGAAGGCUUCCCAAAGAGGAUCUGCGUACACUGAAGACUGUUCCUCUGUGCUCACGAAUCUACAUCGUUUUAUUGAGGAGCUACUCCGAGUUCUAUCUCGACUUGGCGAUCUCAAAAGGGUCAAAGUGACUGAAAGACAAUUGCUUGCGUUCGAUGCGAUGAAUUCUGACGAUCUCGAGGAUCAAGUGGACGUCCAAGUUACAUCUAUCACGGGAGCGUUGCCAAUGGCACAGAGCGACAUUUUUGGUGAAUUCAUGGGUUGGCUCGAUGAGGCAAUUCUGUGA